CCAGGGUUGCUGAUGGAAGAGGAGGGAGGCGGCGGAAGGGUUGCUCCGGGUGGCCGCCUGCUCUUUGGGAGGGAGGUGAAUUUACUUCCUGGAAGAAGUUUGCACCAAAGAUGUUGAAACGGAAGCAGAGUUCGAGAGUGGAAACUCAGCCUGUUACGGACUUUGGCCCGGAUGAGAUGCUGACGGAUAAUGCUGACAUUCUGUGGAUUAACAAGCCGUGGGUUCACUCUCUGCUACGGGUCUGUGCCAUCAUCAGCGUGAUCUCCGUGUGUAUGAACACACCCAAGACCUUCGAACACUACCCACCGCUGCAGUAUGUAACCUUCACCCUGGACACUCUGCUCAUGUUCCUGUAUUCUUCGGAGAUGAUUGCAAAGAUGCACAUUCGAGGCAUAGUCAAGGGUGAUAACUCAUACGUGAAAGAUCGCUGGUGUGUGUUUGAUGGGUUCAUGGUCUUCUGCCUCUGGGUGUCCCUGGUUUUACAGGUCUUCGAAAUAGCUCAGAUAGUCGAUCAGAUGUCCCCACUGAGCAUGCUACGGAUCCCGAGACCACUCAUCAUGAUUCGAGCGUUUCGAAUCUACUUUCGAUUUGAGCUUCCCCGCACAAGGAUUACGAAUAUUUUGAAGCGAUCAGGAGAACAAAUCUGGAGCGUCUCCAUCUUCCUUCUCUUCUUCCUACUCUUGUAUGGAAUUUUGGGGGUUCAGAUGUUCGGCACCUUCACCUAUCACUGUGUGACCAAUGAUACUCAGCCAGGGAACGUUACCUGGAAUAAUUUGGCCAUCCCAGACACCCACUGCUCACCGGACGGAGAGGGAUACCAGUGUCCACUGGGCUUUAAAUGUAUGGACCUGGAAGAACUUGGGCUGACCAGGCAGGAGCUGGGCUACAGUGGAUUCAACGAACUGGGCACCAGUAUAUUCACGGUGUACGAGGCAGCUUCACAGGAGGGCUGGGUAUUCUUCAUGUACCGGGCCAUCGACAGCUUUCCUCGCUGGAGAUCCUACUUCUACUUCAUCACCUUGAUCUUCUUCCUCGCCUGGCUGGUGAAGAACGUGUUCAUUGCUGUUAUCAUUGAGACCUUUGCAGAAAUAAGGGUCCAGUUCCAGCAAAUGUGGGGCCCGCGAAGCAGCACCACCUCCACCACCACUACACAGAUGUUCCAUGAAGAUGCCACUGGUGGCUGGCAGCUCGUGGCGGUAGACAUGAACAAACCUCAGGGAAGAGCUCCUGCCUACCUACAGAAAAUGAUGCAGUCUUCCAUCUUCCACAUGUUCGUCUUGUGCAUGGUCGCUGUCGAUGUCACUGUGGCCGCCAGCAAUUACUACAAGGAGGAGAACUCCAGGAGCCAGUACGACAUGUUUUACCUGGCCGAGGUGGCCUUCACCAUUCUGUUUGACCUGGAGGCACUGGUGAAGAUCUGGUGUCUGGGAUUCACAGGUUACAUCAGCUCGUCUCUGCACAAGUUUGAGCUGCUGCUGGUCCUGGGCACCACAUUGCACAUCUAUCCUGACCUCUACCAUUCACAGUUCACCUACUUUCAGGUCCUGAGGGUGGUCCGUCUGAUUAAGAUUUCCCCAGCCCUGGAGGACUUUGUCUACAAGAUAUUUGGUCCGGGGAAGAAGCUGGGCAGUCUGGUGGUCUUCACCGCCAGCUUACUGAUUGUCAUGUCAUCCAUCAGUCUCCAGAUGUUCUGCUUUGUGGAGGAGCUCGACCGAUUCACCACAUUCCCAAGGGUGGGCACAGCUGGUUUUGAAUUUGCCUUUAACGUAACAACACCGCAGCCUCCAAAUCAGAUCGUCAACGCUGUUCGUUUCCCGGAUUGUGAGGCCUUCAUGUCCAUGUUCCAGAUCAUCACACAGGAGGGAUGGGUGGACGUGAUGGACCAGACGCUGAUUGCAGUUGGCCACGUCUGGGCCCCUGUUGUAGCCAUUUACUUCAUCCUCUACCACCUCUUCGCUACUCUGAUUCUCCUGAGCCUGUUUGUCGCUGUCAUCCUGGACAAUCUCGAGCUGGACGAGGACCUGAAAAAACUGAAACAGAUUAAGCAGAGUGAGGCCAACGCUGAUACCAAAGAGAAGCUCCCUCUUCGACUCCGAAUCUUUGAGAAGUUUCCAAACAGGCCACAGAUGGUGAAAAUAUCCAAACUGCCCUCGGACUUUUCUGUUCCCAGAAUCAGGGAAAGCUUCAUGAAGCAGUUUAUUGACCGUCAGCAGCAGGACACGAGCUGCCUGCUCCGCCGAUUACCAUCAGGGUCAUCGUCAUGUGACCAUUCCAAGCGAUCCUAUGCUGAGGAGAACAAGUACAUUGAUCAAAAGCUGCGAAGAUCGGUUUCCAGCAUCCAAGCUCGAAACCUUCUUGAAAAGGAAAAUGCAGUGAAUAAAAUCUUCCGGGUCUGCACUCGCCAGCGUCUGUUGGGAGGUUCCUUCGAGGGACAGCCUGCAAAAGAACGCUCAAUUUUAAGUGUGCAGCACCAUAUCCGACAGGAACGCAGAUCACUCCGACACGGGUCGAGCACUCAGAGAAUCAGCAGAGGCAAAUCACUGGAAACACUGUCACAAGAUCACUCCAGCACAGUUCGGUACCGGAAUGCCCAGCGAGAAGACAGUGAGAUAAAGAUGAUCCAGGAGAAAAAGCAACAAGCUGAAAUGAAACGCAAGGUCCAAGAAGAAGAAUUGCGUGAAAAUCAUCCUUACUUUGACAAACCUCUCUUUAUCGUUGGUCGGGAGCACAGGUUUCGAACGUUUUGCCGGGUGGUGGUGAGGGCUCGCUUCAAUGCAUCAAAGACUGAUCCGAUCACAGGAGCAGUUAAGAACACCAAGUAUCAUCAGCUGUAUGAUCUGCUUGGACUAGUCACCUACCUGGACUGGGUAAUGAUCGCAGUAACCAUCUGCUCGUGCAUUUCCAUGAUGUUUGAAACACCGUUCACAACUGUCAUGCACACACCAACCUUACAGAUUGCAGAAUUCGUCUUUGUGAUAUUCAUGAGCAUCGAGCUGAAUCUAAAAAUCCUGGCGGACGGGUUAUUUUUCACCCCCACAGCUGUCAUCAGGGAUUUUGGAGGAGUGAUGGACAUCUUCAUUUACCUUCAAAGCCUCAUCUUCCUGUGCUGGAUGCCACACACUGUUCCUGCCCAGUCAGGGGCGCAGCUACUGAUGAUGCUGAGGUGCCUGAGACCACUGCGGAUAUUCAAGCUGGUUCCUCAGAUGAGGAAGGUUUUGCGGGAACUGUUUAGCGGUUUCAAAGAAAUAUUUUUGGUCUCCAUUCUGCUGUUGACACUCAUGCUCGUCUUUGCAAGUUUUGGGGUUCAGCUUUUUGCUGGGAAGCUGGCCAAGUGCAAUGACCCUCACAUCACCAGGCGGGAGCUAUGUCAUGGAAUGUUUCGCAUCAAUGUCAGUGUGUCAAAGAAUCUCAACCUGAAGCUAAAGGAUGGGGAGAAGAAGCCAGGCUUCUGGGUACCGCGUGUUUGGGCCAAUCCUCGAAACUUCAACUUUGACAAUGUGGGCAGUGCGUUGCUGGCCUUGUUUGAAGUGCUGUCGCUGAAAGGUUGGGUCGAAGUCCGAGACGUCAUCAUUCAUCGAGUGGGGCCGAUUCAUGGCAUCUACAUCCAUGUCUUUGUUUUCCUCGGCUGCAUGAUUGGACUGACUCUCUUUGUUGGUGUUGUCAUCGCUAAUUUCAAUGAAAAUAAGGGCACUGCUUUACUGACCGUCGAUCAGAGGCGAUGGGAAGACCUGAAAAGCCGGCUGAAGAUCGCUCAGCCCCUCCACCUGGCAGCUAGACCUGAUAAUGGUGGCCUCCGAGCUAAAAUGUACGAUAUAACUCAGCACCCGUUCUUCAAGAGAAGCAUUGCUGUGAUGGUCCUUGCACAGUCAGUGCUCCUGUCUGUCAAGUGGGACGUUGAUGAUCCAGUCACAGUUCCUCUAGCGACGAUGUCUGUCAUCUUCACCUUUAUCUUUGUCCUCGAGGUGACCAUGAAGAUCACUGCCAUGUCCCCAUCUGGAUUCUGGCAAAGCCGACGCAACCGUUAUGACCUGCUGGUGACGUCGCUGGGUGUGAUCUGGGUGGUGUUACACUUCGCUUUACUUAACGAGUACACCUACAUGAUGGGAGCCUGUGUCAUCGUUUUCCGCUUCUUCUCCAUCUGUGGGAAACACGUGACACUGAAGAUGUUGUUACUAACUGUAGUUGUCAGUAUGUACAAGAGCUUUUUCAUUAUAGUGGGCAUGUUCCUACUGCUGAUCUGCUACGCCUUUGCUGGAGUGGUACUGUUUGGAACUGUCAAGUAUGGGGAGAACAUCAACAGACAUGCAAACUUCUCCUCUGCUGGUAAAGCCAUCACCGUCCUGUUCCGCAUCGUCACAGGGGAAGACUGGAAUAAGAUUAUGCAUGACUGCAUGGUCCAACCACCUUUCUGCACUCCCAGCGACGAGAACUACUGGGAGACGGACUGUGGGAACUACGCCGGAGCCCUGAUGUAUUUCUGCUCCUUUUACGUCAUCAUCGCGUACAUCAUGUUAAACCUGCUCGUUGCAAUCAUUGUGGAAAACUUCUCGCUUUUUUAUUCCACCGAGGAGGAUCAGCUCCUGAGUUACAAUGACCUUCGCCAUUUCCAAAUCAUUUGGAACAUGGUUGAUGACAAGAGAGAGGGAGCUAUCCCGACCUCGCGCGUCAAGUUCCUGCUCCGCCUGUUACGUGGACGGCUGGAAGUGGACCUGGAGAAGGACAAGCUAUUGUUCAAGCACAUGUGCUACGAGAUGGAGAGGCUGCACAAUGGCGGAGAUGUCACGUUUCACGAUGUCCUCAGCAUGCUUUCAUACAGGUCUGUGGACAUCAGGAAAAGCCUUCAGCUGGAAGAACUACUGGCCAGGGAACAGCUGGAAUAUACCAUCGAGGAAGAAGUGGCCAAGCAAACAAUACGGAUGUGGCUGAAAAAAUGUUUGAAGCGCAUCAGAGCAAAGCAGCAGCAGUCAUGCAGCAUCAUCCACAGCUUGCGGGAGAGUCAGCAGCAGGAGCUGAGCAGGUUCCUCAUCCCCCCCAGCAUCGAAACAACACAGGCCAGCGAGGAGAUGCUCGCCAGCAACCAGGACAGUGAGGCUCAGCCGGAGACCAGUAGUCAACAGCAGCUGCUCAGUCCAACACACUCGGACCGAGGCGGGUAUCGAACCGACUCCGGGGACAUCGGGAAGCCUCAGAGAAAGUUUGGUCAGUGGCGCCUCCCAUCAGCUCCCAAACCCAUCACCCACUCCGUGUCCACCGUCAACCUAAGGUUUGGGGGUCGGACGGCCAUCAGGUCAGUCAUGUGCAAAAUCAACCCGAUGUCAGACACUACCUUCUCGGGAUCAGACGUGAAGAAGUGGUGGACCCGACAACUCACCGUGGAGAGCGACGAGAGUGCAGACGACCUCUUAGAUAUUUAACAGAGAGGUGGAGGGCGAGGCUCGGAGUGGUUUCCCUGUUAAUGACCUAUUGUACUUCCAUCACCUAAUGCAAAACGUACUUCAGGUAACCGGAGCCAAGACAAGUAAUGCACAGCAUCAAGCAGAGGUCCCUCAUCCCGUUCCAUGAGAUUGCAGGGCUGAAUACCUUCAAACGAAAUCUCUACGCACCUCAGUUUUAAAUGACCGGUCCCUGAUCUUGUAAUAAUGUUCCUCGUUCAAGGUUCUCCCACUUGUGGAAACAUCUCCACAUCUAACCCGUCAGUUGCCUCGGGAUCUUUUAUGUUCCAGUAAGGUCAGCCCUCGUUCUUCUGCGCUCCAAGGAAGACAGACCCGACCUGUCUGGCCUUUCCUGAUAGGACAAUCCUCUCAUCCCAGGCUUUAGUCUGGUGGGUCUCUUGGAUCAAGGGUCACCAUCUCUAAUUGGACAAAUACCUGGAGGUUACAGAACACGGUCUCUCACCUCCAAUUGGCCUGCACCCACACUUGCCAUUGGCCAAGCAGCAUGUCCAUUCUCACGAUGCCCCGCCCACCAACAGCCAAUCAGAAAGAGGUGAAACUUGACACCCUGUAGAUGUGGUUGGGCUGUCAAUCAAAUAAUCCUUUACUUGCCAAUAUGAACAAAAUGUUCAUACGGAUGACUGAAAACAAUUUAUUUUUAAUCUCCUUAUGGUUCCCAGCCCAAAUUUCAUUGGAAGAAGUAUCCAGAGAGGUUGAUCUGCCAUUCCUGGAGACCCCCCGUACAGUGUUGGAGGGUUGGUGACCCUGCGUUGAUGCGAAGUUGUGAUGUGAAGGGUUCAGCCACAACACUGUGCAGAAGUGAUUUAUGUGCUUUGCUGCCCUCUGGUGUAGAAUCCUUUGGUGUGCAAUAGCGAGGUUGUGCGGGUGACAUAGAUAGCUGCACAGGAUCAGUCAGCUUCAGUCUCGACCAGAAACUCAUGGAAUUUGUGUCUCACUGUCAAAGCCAUGAAGCAUCUAUUUGUAGCAAUGUCAGUGAUUAAUGCAAAGAUAUUUGUGUGUGUGUCCAUAUGUGUGUACACACAUCGCUGUGUAUGGUCUGUAUGUUUGUCUCCAGUCAGGUCUCCGCUUGUGUACAUGCCUGUGUAUGUUUGUGUGUACAUGGGCACAUGCAUGUGUCUGCAUGCACGUCUGUCCAUGUGUCUGUUAUGUCAUAGAGUGGUACAGCUCGGAAACAGGCCUUUCAGCCCAUUAUUUCUGUGCCAGCCAUCGAAUACCUAAAUAUACAACUGCCAUUUCCAGCACUCAGCCCGUGUUCCUCUCCACCUUCGUACUUAAAAUGUUCAUCUGAAUACUUAGUCGUUGUUAUAGGGUCGUACAGCAUGGAAGCAGGCCAUUCGGCCCAACUCAUCCACCCCGACUAGUGGGCACUCUUCUGUAUUUAUCCCAUUAUCAGCACUUGGUCCAUGGCCCAACAGUGAUUCAAAUGCUCGUCUAGAUACUUCUUCAAUGCUGUCAGUGACUCUGCUUCCACCACCUCUCGGGCAGUGUGUUCCAGGUACUCACCGCUCUCUGGGUGAAGAAGGUCCCCUCUAAAUCUCCCCUCUUGCCCUAAACCUAUGUUCUUUAGCUUUACCUAUCUUUGAUAAGGGGGAAAGUUUCCUGCAGUCGACCCUUUCUCAUCAUGUUAUACUUAAAUGUUGUGAGGGUCUCUGUCUCCACCACCCCUGAGCAUUCCAGAUUCCAAACACCCUCUGGGUGAAAAGUUCUUCCUCAAAUCCCCUCUGAACAUCUUACCCCUUACCUUAAACCCAUGCUCUCUGGUUAGCAACUGUGUGUGUGUGUGUGUGUGUGUGUGUGUGUGUGUGUGUGAGCAUCUCUGUGUAAAUAUAUGGUUGUGUGUGCAUGGAUAUGGCUGCAUAUCUGCAUUGUGUGUGUGGUGAAUGUAUUUGCCUGUGUGCGCACACAUGCUUGUGUGUAUGUGUGCACACAUGCUUGUGCAUGUAUGUAUGCACACACAUGCUUGUGCAUGUAUGUGUGUGUGCACAUGCUUGUGUGUAUGUGCGCGUGCAUGCUUGAGGAAGACACAAGGGAACUGCCACCUGUGAAGAGCUGGCUGCAGUGCAGCUGGGAAGUAUUGGUCCCUCUGCACUCUCUCACAGACUGUCAGGUCCACCAAGGUCAGUGGAAGUGAGAGUGUGGAUGAGAGCAGACAGCUGUUGACACACUGUGUGUAUUGUAGGUCACAGACGAAUUUCACCCACACCCUCCUUUAGAUUCUGUUCCAUUAGUGCAUUUAACAUGAUGUUCCAACAUGUGUGAGUCACAGAGACAUACAGCACGGAAACAGGCUCUUCAGCUCACUGAGUCUGUAUCAACCUCCCAUUUACAGUGAUUCCAUUUUUUAUUCUCCCUUCAUUCCCAUCAGCUCCUCCUGGAUUCUACCCCUCACCCACACACUGGGGCUAAUUUACAGCAGCCAAUUAACUUACCAACCUGCAUGUCUUUGGGAUGUGGGAGGGAACCAAAUCACCAGGGAGAAGCCCACACAGUCACAGGGAGAACGUGCAAACCCCACACAGAUAGCACCCAAGGUCAGGAUUAAAUCCAGCUCUCUGGCACUGUGAGGCAGUAGGUCUACCAGCUGAACUUUACCAAGUAUCUAUAUCUGGUCUUGUAUGUUUUCUGAAUUUCAGUAUAUGCAAAGUAAUUGUUCCCAACUGUCUUACUGUCAGUCUUUCUGUUUGCUUCCUACUUUACUGCAUUCAGUAACUAAGGCAUCACCUGUAGCUAAUAUACCUAUUUAUUUAAAAAAAUUAAAUAUCAUUAAUAAAGAAUGUGUUAAUUAUCUCUUAGAAGAUUUGUUUCACUCUCAAUUUUAUCUAAGCAAAAUAUUAUCA